AUGGCUCCAUCCACCAUAAACUACCCAGCAAAUGGCCUGAAAAUAGCAAUCCUCACUGUAGCUUUCAUCUUUUUCUUCUUCACAAUUCAACUUUCCAAAUCAGUGGAUACCAAACAUUCGGUUCACAAUGAGAGCACUAAUCUUCUGCAACAAAGAAAAACGGUUCUGGGUUCACGACCUCCUCAGUGUGAGAACAGGUGUCUGAACUGCAGACCUUGCUUUGCUACUUUGGUCAUUCCAUCUCAUGAUUCUCAUUACAAAACCAAGGUUUCCGGUUUGACAUCUCAUAACGACGGAGAUGAUCGCUAUUAUCUACUCUCAUGGAAAUGCAAAUGUGGACAGAAGUUAUAUCAACCAUGAUGAUCUAUAUAUCUGCCAUAUCUUCGAUCAGUACCUUUCCAUUCAUAGAAGCUAGUACGUACUACUACUAAUUGUUUGGUGAAUCUUUUGCGUACCUAGG